AUGCUUCCAGCGUUCAACUUCUCUCAGGUACUCCGACGGGCUUGGAGACCUAGCGUGCGGCACUUCUCUCGAAGUUGCGAAGUCCACCAAGACUACUUCAACGAUGUCUUCGUCAAUAAUACACUUAAGCACGCCAAAUCGCUACCGGAUAACGAGUACGUAAGAUGCACAGUAUACGAUAAGAACGGUGAUAUGGUUGUCCAUGGGAAAAAUAUCCGCAAGCUAGAGUUCAUGAAGACUUAUGAUUUAGCACCUAGAGAUUUGAGAAAGAUGGUUCGUUCUCACAUCAGCACUGGCACUCCUUCGGGUGUGUUCGUAGAGUUCGUUCCUCUGUUAGCAACAAGGAAGAAUUCGAUUUUAUUGAACUUGCUCAAUAUACGAGCCAUCAUCAAAUGUGACUCGUUGGUUGUGUUUGAUAACUACUCAUCACUGGGACUAGGUUCGAGAUUCAACGAGUCCCAUUCACAUGGUGUGUUCUUAAAGGAAAUGUCUACUCGGCUAAAGGCAUCGCAUCCAGAAGCCAAUACACUCCCUUAUGAAUUCAGAGCACUAGAGGGAAUCUUGGUGGAUGUGACGACUAACUUGAAUACCGAGAUGUCUGUCCAUAAGAAGGUUCUCAGUAAUAUCCUAUCCUCCUUGGAUGAUAGCAUAGAGCGUACAAAGUUGCGGUAUCUUUUAAUUCAGUCCAAGAAACUAGGUCAAUUCCGUCAGAAAGCACAACUUAUCAAGGACUUGUUGGACUAUUUGCUUAAUGAGGAUGACGAGCUCAAUGCUAUGUACUUGACGGAGAUUCUGCAAGGUCAACAGAGACAUUCAUUCAACCAUCAAGAAGUUGAGUUGCUUCUAGAAUCCUACUAUGCUACUAUUGAUGAGAUCAUUCAGACUGUGGAUAACUUGAUAUCUCAGAUCAAGACGUCUGAGGAGAUCAUUAGAUUCGUAUUGGACUCCAACAGAAAUGACUUGAUGCUCUUGGGUUUGAGAUUUUCCAUUGGUCUUUUGUCUAUGGGUCUCACCAUGUACAUUGCUGCAUUAUAUGGUAUGAAUCUUGAAAACUUCAUAGAAGAGAAGGAUGGCGGUUUGGAGCUCAUUGUUGGCGUCGCAAGUGUCUCCAUGAUGAUUCUCUUCAUAUAUUGCACCAGACAGAUUAAAAGCCUUCAGCGAUUCACUUUGAGCAGUGCUUCCAAGGAGAAGGCAAUGGCUGCCAGAACAAGAAAUAUUGUCUAA